ACACUCAAUGCAUAUAUCCAUUCAGUUCCAAUGUCGAUGAGGAAGGCAAGAGCGAGACAAAGCUACCGCUGAAAACUUCUGUCGCUACCUCGCAUUCUUCUUUGAGCCGCUCAUAAUGGGGCAGACGCGUGCUACGCGCGAUUCCUUCCUCUGGGCAAUGUCUGUAGUAUAUCUGAGCGCAUUCGCGUCCAUCUAUCAUCAAAUGCCCGGACUCUAUGGAGACCAUGGAGUUGCGCCAGCGAGAUCGCUGAUUCCUAUAGAUAGCCACACCAAGCCACUCCAAGAAUUGGCCAAACUAGCUGCCGAGAGGCCCUCCUUGAUAUGGCUGGCGCCAAACUUUGGCCUCAAGGUGGCCACAAUGGCCGAGUUCCUGGCAUUCCUCGGUAUUGUCAUGUCCUUCAUGGCCUGCGUGUCAGCGCGCUUCAGGGACUGCAUCAACUUUGCCCUUCUUUGGAUACUGUACUUUUCAAUUUACCAGGUUGGCCAAGUGUUCAUGUGGUUUCAAUGGGACAUUCUGCUCUUGGAAGCUGGCUUCCUGUGCAUACUCGUUGCACCACUGGGCAUCCUUCAUCGGACUCUGGGGCUCAGCUCGAGCUGGCGUCUGCCGCACCGGCCAUAUGACGACAUCACCCUGUGGCUGGUGCGCUGGCUCCUGUUCCGGUUCAUGUUUGCCUCCGGAGUGGUCAAACUGACCAGCGGUUGCCCCACUUGGUGGGGUCUCACAGCUCUCAACUAUCAUUUCGAAAGCCAGUGCAUCCCGACGCCCAUUGCGUGGUACUUUCACCACCUGCCCAACUGGGUGCUCCGACUAGGGGUGGUCUUCACGUUUGUGGUCGAAAUCGCCGUUCCACCCUUGUUCUUUGCGCCCGUGCGUGCUCUAAGGAUCUUCAGCUUUUACUGCCAGGUCUUUCUGCAGAUGCUGAUCAUUGCCACGGGCAACUACAACUUCUUCAACUUGCUUACCAUAACGCUGUGCUUGUCACUGGCCGAUGAUGCGCUGUUUCUUGGCAGUACGAGAAGGGUCACUGCAGGCAAGUACGCCAGCAUGCGCUCUCUGUCAGGCAUUCUGGCUAAGGCUGUCACAUGGAUGGUAUACGGUGGUCUUGCUUACGGAACCGUCAGGUUUUUUCGCCUGCAGCUGGACGACAGCUGGGCGGUGCAAUCAAAAAUUGCCUUCAGCAGCGCAAAGUUUGACCAGUUCCUCGGCACUGCCGUGCCCCUCAUGGUGUGGGUCGGAGCUGCGUCUCUGGCUUACCAUAUUUUGAUCGCUCUGUACAGGUCAGUUGCAAAAGAAAGAGGUCUCCUGAGCAAGAUCUUCUCAACCAUGGGCACCAUUUUCCUCGGGACAGCUGCGGUGUGGGUCUUCUGCAUAUCUCUGGUCCCACUCUCGGAACUGGAUCGUGGGCUGAACCGAAGGCUGUGGCCCACAGUUCGGCACUGGCAUUACAAGGUUCAACCUUUCCACCUGACAAGCUCGUAUGGCCUGUUCAGACGCAUGACGGGUGUAGGAGGGCGACCUGAGUUGGUCUUGGAAGGAAGUGAUGACGCAACCGGUCCGUGGGUGGAGCUGCCAUUCUUGUACAAGCCGGGAGAUGUGCAUCGCCCACCCCCAAUUAUCAUUCCACACCAGCCCAGGCUUGAUUGGCAGAUGUGGUUUGCUGCGUUGGGUGACUACAGGCAAAACCCGUGGUUGCUCAGCUUGGUUUACCGUUUGCUCAACAAUGAUGCAGCAGCGUUGCGCUUGAUGAACAUGGAGCGAUACCCUUUCACCCGUCACCCUCCCAAGUACAUUCGUGCCAUGCUGUACAAGUACUGGUUUACCAAGAUGGACUCCAACAGCAGGCGUGACUGGUGGUACCGCGGCAGUCCCAGGGAGUACCUUCCUCCAGUCCACAAGAAGCAGCCUUUCCUCAGGGAGUUCCUUCAAGAGCACGCCAUUCCCAUGGAUGCGCCCAAAACAAAGUCUCGAAACAAGUACCUUAUAUACAUCCUGAAGCACUCGAGAAAGUUUGCGGAGAGUAUGUCGCCAACAUUGUACAUCUGGUCGCUCAUAUCCACAUCGCUGGUGCUCAAUGCCGUUCGAGGCAUGUUUUGAUCCGACCUGUCCGACGCACCAGUUCCACUAUAUCUCACACUUCAUGGAAGGUGCCGGAGUUUCACAGAUCUGCGCGCACAAAUGGGAAACCAAACGUUUUUUUAGUGCUUAGACACCAUGUGAAGUAUUUGUUGAACUGGUGAAGCUUUUGACAACUAGUCUACACUGUUCAGAAAUGUUUCCUGCCCCAAUAUAAAUAUUUAUGUGUGACCUAAUAACAUGUCCAAAUUUUCAUAAUUAUGCUGUGUAGUUUCACACUUCACCACUGCCCACAAGCCUGUCUGUUUUGUCUCUGGUAUGAUUCAGCAGGCUGAGUCAAAGCCGUUGAACGAUUGCUUCCGACAUACAUUCGAGAAUUUCCUUCAUAAAACUACUGCAGCUGCUCGCUCUUCUUAAUGUGGAAAUCACUUUAGUUACAUCGUGUGCUGCCAACUAAAGGCUGUUUUCUUACACAGCUUGAACCUGUGUUUGAUAGCCUCUACAAAAGAACAAGCAUUUGCACCCGAAGAAAAGAAUAUUGUUUGAGGGAAAUCGUAGCGGUCGAUAGCUUUAUAUAUGUAUCAACAUUUUUUGCAGAGUAUCACAGUGCUUAGCAUGUCAUGAAGGUUUGUGUGUCACCACUGUGCAACCAUUAAGAUUUCUCCUUUACCUUCUUGCUCUUUCCGAAGGCGGUGGGGCUCGUUAAAUUGUGAUGCGAGUUUUGAACCUUGCCAUGCGAGAGCUAUAGGGGUGUGAGAUGCUCAUUUUUCUUGUGCCAUGUGGAAGAGUGUGAUGUUUUCUGUUCAGUGACAUGGAGAGAUUGCAUUUGGUUGCAACGCAACGGUGGAGACGGAUGUUUCUGUAACGAACAUGAGCGUUUGUGGAUUGCAGUACAUUCGCCAGGGAGUGAAGGGAAAGCAUUUCAAAGCAAUGCUCUUCAAGAGCCCAGUAUGGUGAAUCCAGGUGUACUUAGCGCAAAAAGAAUACAUUUCUGCAUGUUAGAAGCUGUUUAGGGAGAGACAGGAGCUGGAGGUAGCGUGUUAAGCACGAAUACUAUGGAUGGUGUCAAAGGAGAACAACAUUGCAACGUCAUCCUGUCAUUUUAUAUGCUAAAAGGGUUUGCAAACCAUUUUCACUCUGCAACAUUCCAGUGUGUGUUAAUUCAGUACGUACUUAUGUAAAAAAAAAAAAAAAACUCUGGAAUUUUACUGCCACUAAUCUGGUGGAUUGAAUAUUGUUUGCUUGCCUGCAUUUAAGAAACCAGGAAGCUGUGGUAUAUUUGUACCAGUUGUAAGGGGAACACAUUAACAUAUAAGUUGUGGAAGGAACACAUUUGUAUUAGUCAAGUGAUGAUGUACACUGAAUAUGGUCACCGUCAAGAAAUGGCUCAGGGCUUUUGCUUUGUCAUAAAUGCCUGAACGCGAACGAGAUCGUGGUGAUGUGGUACUCUGGCACUGCAGGGCAUAAUUAUUAGCCAUAUUGUCGUACAGUACACUAAGUCAGUGGUUCUCAGCCAUGGAUGUGUUGGGGACCCCUUGUGGACGGGUGGAAGUGAUGGAAGACCCCUUGGAGGGGAGAGGGGGGUAUGUGGGUAAAUUAGCACAACUGGAGCGCGAGACAGGUGCCUUUUUUGCUACCAAAAACAUCAAAUAAACGUGUCACUUCAUUUUGGAUAGUUCAUCAAUUCUUGGCACAGCCACGCUUAAACGAAGUUGCAUAUGUAAAAAAAUUACAAAAUGUUUAAAAAGUGGUUGAGGAUCUCGCGGAUCUUGGAAAUAGCUUCGCCAACCCUAGGGGAUCCGCAAGCCACCAUUUGAGAACCACUGCACUAAGUCAUGCAAAUAUGGUCGCUUUGUGCAUUUACCGUUAACAUCUACGACUGGCUGCUACUUACGAGAGCAAUUUUUUAAGCCAAACUUAGAUACUGGGUUGCAUGCUACCUUUGCGAGAUUACUGGGACGAAAUAGGAACUCAAAUUGGCCAUGACCUUUAUCUUCACUACAAGGCGUCAUAACUAGUCGCACAAACUCAUUAGCCUAGUCUCAAUACAUGCCACGUGAUUCUACGACAUCGUGAUUAGUUGAUAUUUACACGUUUUCAUCACUGCAGGUUUGGACUCUUUUUUUUUUUUUAUUGAGCAACAUACACUGUACUUUAUUUUUUACGGCUUUUGUAAGCAAAUAAAUGCGAUUUUCACCGCAAA